AUGAAGUGCUUAGCUUGGAAUGUUAGAGGCAUGAAUGCCUCUACUAAAAGAAUGGAGAUAAAGAAGGUGUGUAAAGACCAUGAGGUUAAACUGGUAGGGCUUUUCGAAACCAAGGUUAAGUUGGAUAAUUGUGCUUCUAUUUUUGAUAGUUUUUUGACGGGUUGGAAGUAUUUGCAUAAUGGAGAUCUUGAUAACUCUAUUCGGAUCUGGCUAGGUUGGGACCCGAAUUUUUAUGAUGUGGUUUUGGUGCAAAAAUCCAAACAGUUCGUACAUGCUAAGGUGUCAAUUGUGGGUACCUCGGUGUUUUUCUUUUGUACUGUUUUUUAUGCUCUUAAUUCUGUGGUGGCUAGGAAGGAAUUGUGGGAGGAUGUUGGGGCUAUUGCUAGUGCCAUUAUUAACCCUUGGGCUGUACUAGGGGAUUUUAAUGUGAUUCGAAGUAACAAUGAAAAAAUUGGAGGGGACCCUGUUCGGAUUGAAGCUAUGGAUGAUUUUAAUUCGUUUAUAGAUGGUGUCUGGGCUUCUAGACUUGAAAUGGAAAGGGGAGGCUUUGACCUGGAAUAA